AUGAGAAACAGCUACGACUACGUCGUCAUAGGAUCCGGGUACGGUGGCGCCGUCGCGGCAUCCCGACUCGCCCGGUCCGUCGGUCCUGAUGGACGGGCUUCCGUAUGUGUGUUGGAGCGAGGCGUGGAAAAAUGGCCCGGCGAAUAUCCGGCUGGACCGGCCAGCGGGUUCAAGAACCUGCAUGUUUCUGGGGAGAUUCCGCGUGAGAAUGCGGCUGGUAUCCCUGUCCACGAAGGGGACCCGACUGCGAUGUAUCACCUAAUCAUGGGCAGGGGCAUCAAUGCUAUCGUUGGCAAUGGACUCGGCGGCACAAGCUUGAUGAAUGCCAAUGUAUUCCUAAGGACAGACGAAGAGACUCUACGGUCGUCACACUGGCCGGAAGAGAUUAGAAACGAUCCUGCGGUGCUCGAUAAAUACUAUGAACAGGUUGAGCGGGUUCUCGAACCCGCCACCUACCCGGAUGACUGGCCCGAACUCGCCAAGGUGAAGCUGUUUAAGCAGCAGGCCGAAGCUAUAGGCAUGAAGGACAAGUUUCAGCUCGUACCGCAGACCACGCGCUUCCACAACGGUCCUAACAGCUGUGGUGUCGAGAUGUUCCCCUCCUCGCUGACUGGGCAGGACGCCACGGGUCUCAACGACGGUUCUAAGACGACCACGCUGGUGACCUACCUAGCCGACGCCUGGAACUGGGGCGCCGAGAUGUUUUGCGAGGCCGAGGUGCGGUACAUCCAAGAGUGCAAGGGCCCCGAGGGGGUACCUCGGGCAGGAAGUAUUGGGACCACCGAGAUCCUGUUGCGGAGCAAGCAAAUGGGGCUGGAGAUGAGCGAGAGGGUCGGCCAGGGGAUGAGCGGCAACGGCGAUAUACUGGCUUUCGGUUAUAACACUGAUUACGAUGUCAACGCCGUCGGAAAAGACCACCCCGAUCCGUACGACCCUGUGGGCCCGACGAUUAAUUCGAUAAUCGACAACCGACACAGCCAGGCCAAGUUGACACUGGAGGACGACAGGCCGAUCCUUGACUUUAUCGGUUGCAGCCGUGGAGACCACGUGGAAAAGAUUUGCAAGAUCCUCGAGGAGGCCACAACGAAGAUGGGCGGCAAAUUUGUGCAAAACCCUUUUAUGAGCUCAUGA